UAAUUCAACUUACACCACCAUAUCUAUCAAGUACGAUUUCUUUACCAUGUUCAAGAUACCAAACUAAAUAAUUAAUUACCAUUAAUCAAUUCAUCAAUUGGUUAAUUUUUUUUUUAUUCUUGUGUUGUCAGGUAAAUAAAAUAAGUGUGCAAAAUUUCAGCUUGAUCCGAUAUAGGGUGUGAGAGAAAUAACGUAUACAAACUUUUUACCAGACAGACAGACAGAGUGAGACAGUGACUUACUAUAACCUUUUUUAAAAAACAUUCAAAAUUAUUACGUGUCAUCUGUUAACAUUCAUGCCUGGGAAAUAUAGACAAAGGGAUACAACUCUUUCACACCUAGAUAGCAACACAGAACAGUAACACAUUCACUCUCGCCAUACCCUCCCCUGAAAGCUGGUAAAUAUUUUCCAUUCUUGGUAAAAAUCAUUCAGACCAAUACCCGAAGCAGUUACCUUAUUCAAAUCCGGGAGCGGAGAUAGGCGAUACAAUCUCGUAGAUACAUGUAGAAAGAUUUAAUUGACUUCAUUCACCAAUCGUAAAUAAACACCCCACGUGCCUCCCCCCCCCCUCUUUUCUAUACAACUUAAGACCUAACUCGAAUCAAGCAAGGAUAUCACGUGACCGUACUUGUUAACGUUUUAUCAAUGGGCAUCACGUAACCGUGAGGUUCAUUCAGUGCUAAAGGUUUUUAAAAAACAUUAGAAAAAAAAUAUUUGCGCAAUUAAAAUAUUGGCUGAUUUUCAUAUUUUCUGUUCACUGAAUUUUUCUUGGGAAAUUCUUACCUGGCCUUUGUCCAAAACAUGUUACCCGUCCGCCCAAAACUACCCACAGUUUACCUGCACGUGAUAAGGAAUGUAGCUGAUCACAUGUUCAUUGUUUAUGGGCUGGUCUCACUUAGAUCUAACUUCGAGCAGCUCACUCCAACGGAACUUCCCGAAAAAACUAAAAAUAGAUAUUCGUCACUACCCCCCCCCCCUCAAGUUUCUCUUAUUCUAUUUAAUGCAGUAUAAGAAAGUGACUACUGCUAGAGAAGGUUGCCUACAAAUGAUCUAGUAAUCGUGUGUGGAUUUCAAUUUGAGUGUCUUCUUACUGUGGAAUAAAUUAAAUUAGAUUAGUUUCUUAUAUGUAUUACCACAGCCUACUGAUCUGAUCUAGAUUUUAUAGUCAGUAUUUUUGUUACUGCUACAUUGUUAGUAGACACGUGAUUCUCUUUUACCUGGAUUACAUUCAACUGUCACAAGUUUCGGCUGUAAAAAAAAAAUGUCGGAAGUUCAGAGACGAGACAGCCUCAAACACCUGGACACUGAGCUCACUAAGAGACUGUAUAACGGUAAUCAUGAGAUGGAGGUGUGUGACUCUGAGGCCGAUUUACUCUCGUCUUAUAUUGGCUGUACGAAGAACCCCGAACACGCUUCGUUUAUUCCCGUCAACAACUUCUCGCUCGAGCACCUUCCGGCAGCUUUUCAAGAGGAGGACAUUGUCCAGGUGGUCAAGGCACUGGCCGAACUGACUGUGAGAGUCCGUGUUAAUGUCACCAGCUUGGAGAGGCCCAUGUACCAGCCGGACUCGGAUGUACCUUAUCCGUUCUAUAACUUUCGAGGGAGGACACUGCCGAGGUUCGGUACGGGUUUGGUGGACAACGUGACCAAAUACGAAAUGGUACCUUGCCCUUGCCAAGCCUGUCGCAUCACUGAGGACCCCAAAGAGGUCUGGGCGGAAAUCGAGGUGUUCACCGCAUCCCACGUGGUUUUCGACGAGUCGGAAGCCAGCUCCACCUGCUGUAGAUUGUUUUACGAUUAUCCUGGCGGAGAUUACGUCGACGUGAAUGACGUCAAAAUGUGGCACUCUGACGUCACCAAGGACAAAUGCCGUCUGACGUGCCUCACUCACGACGAAGCCUUGAUAGACCGACUCCUCCAGACAAACGCAAAAAGAAAGAUCCUGUGCCGGCGCGUGCGGGACCGUUACUGGAACUCCCGCGACGAUGAUAAACUGACCAUCAUCGUGUCGCACCCCCACGGGUGCCAGAAGAUGAUCUCAGUUGGGGAGUGGCGUCAGAGGACCGACGAGGACAUGUACUGCAUGUAUACCUACAACACAGCCACCUGCCCGGGAAGCAGUGGAGCCUACGUCUACAUCCUAGGCAGCGUCGGUUGGUGGUACGAGUACGUACACAGGGGAGUGAACCUCGAGGGGACAAAUUUCAGUGGCGCUGGUUACGACCCCGAUUUCAGACGAUAAAAUGUAUGACGAAGAAAGACAUAAAAACUUAUAGAAAUGAGCAGCUGAAAACUUUUCUUUUUUUUAAUGUGUAUAAAAUAUGUGUGUAUGAUUAUUGGACUAUGUCUCAUUGAAAUAAGAGAACAUAUUGAUAAAUACCCAUAUAAUUAACGUUCUAAAAAAGGUUUUAAGUUAUUGCAUACUUUUAACAAAAAAUUAAAACAUGAAAAGUGGUAAUAUAUCUAAUUUUAAUAUUUUCGUUGGACAGAGAUCCUUCGUUAUACAAGACCUGAACACGGACCUGCGACGUCACAAACUGUGGGGUGUGGAGAUCAAUCGCUCGUUGCCACGUUGCAAAGGCCUUUUGGUCUAACCUGCCCAAAGGUUGUGACGUUGCAGGAUAGUGUUCAGGCCUUCUAUGACGAUUGGUUUCGGUUUGAAAGUGCACCAAACCUUCGUAUCAGAGGGGGCCUCUCCUAAGGGGACGACAGUAUGCGAAAGGUAAUCUUUUUGGCGAGCUUUAAGGGGAACCUUCGUAUCAGAGAGGAGCCCCUCUGAAACUCUUUGAAAACAAUCUCAAGUGUCAUAUUGCCUUAACUGGCAUAGAAAAGACCAUCUCUCAGAAAAUAACUUUUUUUAAAAGAGACAGAUGGAAAUAUUCUUACAAUGGUCAAUACACACUCUCACUGUACAAAGAAGCUCUUACAUUUCCCUGGACCUCGCUCCUAUCUACAGACCCGCCUGCAAUUUCUUACCUCAACUCUUCCUAUGUGUAUCGAUUAAAACAAAAGUGUAGUAUAUAUUGUCUAUAACAAUGUCCUUUAAUGCAAUAAGAAAUCCAUAAUGUGAUAUAAAGUAUAUAUUAAACAACGAUCACUGUACAUGACAAUUAGGCCUAUGUAAAUAUAUGAUUUGCUGUCUGUGAUAUGUAAAUGAGAACAAAUAAUAAUUUAAUAAUAUAAUUUGUGAUACUUUUGCCCCCCCCCCCCCCCAAAAUUAAUAUAGGUACAUGGUUUAUAUUUUAAAAAGUAUGCUUUUGCAGCCAUUGUGUUACCAAUUUUCAUUUUAAAGCUUCAAAAUUGUGAUGAUUACGUAGACAUGUGCAGAAAAUAAUUUUAUGCUGUGAUUUAUUUAUUAAACAUAAUUCGUCGACCUGCAUGUAUAUUUUCGCAAUCUCAUUUCUCGGAGUGUUGGUCUUGUGAUUUUUAAUUUCUUUUAUUCUACACUGUGAUUUUUUUAUUUUUUAUAAUUAUUUUUUGGUCUGUGUAAUAGUAAUAUGAUAGCUGAAUAAACAAUAUUUCUGUUUUGA